CUUGUACAAAACAAUCAUUCCCUCUUCUCCAAGAAUCUCUGCCAUUACCACCUCUUUCAUUAUCAAGCUCUCAUCUUAAUUUCCUCAGAUUAACAACACAGCCAUAGAAUUGCCUCCCAGAAAACAGUUUGUCACAAAGCUUGCGUUUAUGGCUAAUCCCAAGGGGUCUUCAUUUCCCUUCUCCGACAUACCCGAAGACAUCCAGCUUUGCAUCCUCUCCCUCCUCUCUCCACCCGACUUCGCCAAUUUUGCUUCCACUUCUAAACGCUUCGUUUCUCUAUGCCGUAACGACGCCAAGCUCUGGUUCACCAUGUACCACCGCCGCUGGGGCUCCAAGACCCACAUUACCCAAUGGGGUGGUGGCAACAUCUCUUACAUGCUCCUUUACAAGACCCUCACCCGCUGGGAGAAUCUCAUUGGCUUGUGGCGACACAGCGGUCGAGCAGACCUCUUGGCUCAAUGGCCCCGAGUCAUCACCUUCGAGUGGGGCCCAUCGUUCGUCUCCGGUUCUUGCCUCAACGGCACCUAUCACGUCACCAAAUCGCCGUUUUUGUGGAUGGGGAUAUCCUCAGACGGGCUGAUUGUCAACUUUCUCGAUCUUGAAGGGCAAACUGAAACGCCAACAGGGGGUCUCGAUUGUUGGUUAGAUUCCAUCUGCUCGGACCACAAUUUGGUUCCGGUCACUCUUAAUUUCAUGGGCGACAAUCAUUUUAUGGUUGAAGAAAAUUCAAACUUUUGGAAUUGUUGUAAAAGGAAUUCAAGUUCAAAGAAUAUGAUAGAAGCUAACGAGGAAACUAUAGUUGUUGGAGCUUACAGUGGGAAGCCCAGGGGCUUACCGGACUAUUUGGUGCUGGAAAUGUAAGCAUAUUUCGCGAAUAGGACAAGUCCGGGUGCAGAUAAAUCAUGGAGGAGGCAGAGGAAGAAGGACAAGGAAAGACGAGGGAGGAGGAAAUGGGAGCCUGAACAUUUUCUUAAACUCAUUGAUUGCUUGCCUACUGGGGAUAACCCUAUGCAGAGUCUUUGAAAGAUGUCCGUUUUCAUGUCUUCAAAGGUUAAAAUUUCUGCUUGUGAAUAUAAUUGUUGCUGACUAAUGAAGUAGAUUUCUUUACGUGUAAAUGUGUAGGGAAGUGGAAUUGAAGUCAUUCUUUAACUUAUUGAAUUGGUAGGGAAAUAGGAAGGUUUGCUCUAUACUUGGACAGUUGGAUUUUAUUUCAGUUCAUCCUGUCAUUUUAGGCACUGAUUAAACACCAAUUAAACACCGAUCAAUCCUUAUUUGCUCCGGCUUUGUUUCAAGCUUCAACAAUUGUGGCAUUUGGUUUUUGGGAGAUAGUUUUGCAUGUAUAUAACAUUCUGACAAGGCUGUGGCUGUGCAAUUAAACUACCGGUAUGAAAAUGAAAUGUUUGGAAGAAAGUUAUCUUAUUGAACGUCAUUUGUUCUGGGUGAAGAUAGCAUGUAUGUUGUCUUAUAAACAUUAAUUUGUGGUAGUCAUGGCUUCCAGCAUAAAGUAGGAUUGGAAGCAUUGCCCUAGUUUUUUACAGGCCACUGUUUUUUGAGCAUUGAAAGUAUGGCAUGUCAACUGAAGUGCCUGAUAAAUAUUUCUAAACAUGUCAAUGAUGUAAUUCAUGCAUUGGUUUUCUGGUGACACGAAAAUCAUUGAAUUCCAGAGAAAGAACGCAUCUAUGAUGAUCACAUACAUCUUUAGCCACUGGAGGCUGAGGAUGACAUGAGGAUAGAUUUUGAGACAGUUUUCGACAUUCUGUACAAGAUCUCAUAUUACAAGUUAGCACUUCCAGGUUUGGUAGGACCUUCCGGUCAG